CAUUAAUCACCGUCUUUCUGCUAUUAGGUGGUCAACUAUAGCGAGUCAAGAACUGCAGAAGAGAUCUGUGAAAGUGCUUCCAAGAUGAUCACUUUUAUUGACCUGGCCGGACAUCACAAGUACCUAAAAACUACCAUUUUUGGCCUCACCAGUUACUGCCCAGACUUUGCUAUGCUGGUUGUUGGAGCAAAUACAGGCAUAGCUGGCACAACACGAGAGCACUUGGGUUUGGCCAUGGCUCUUAAAGUGCCUAUCUUCAUUGUGGUUAGCAAGGUGGACCUGUGCAGCAAGAGCACUACAGAGCGCACAGUUAAGCAGCUAGAGAGGAUUCUGAAGCAGCCGGGCUGUAAUAAGGUGCCAAUGGUGGUGGAUAAUGCUGAUGAUGCAGUCACUGCUGCCCAGCAGUUUGCUCAGUCGCCCAGCAUCACUCCCAUCUUCACAUUUUCUAGUGUUUCUGGGGAAAACUUAGAUUUGCUAAAGGUCUUCUUCAACAUCCUUCCACCCCUGAGCAACAGCAAAGAACAGGAGGAGCUCAUGCAGCAACUCACCGAGUUUCAGGUUGAUGAAAUCUACACCGUACCAGAUGUUGGGACUGUUGUUGGUGGAACCCUCUACAGUGGGAUCUGCCGAGAGGGAGAGCAGCUUGUUGUUGGCCCAACUGAUGAUGGAAAAUUCCUGGGAUUGAAGGUUUGCAGCAUUCAGCGGAACCGCUCAGCCUGUAGAGUUCUACGAGCUAGACAGGCCGCCACCCUCGCCCUGGGAAAUUUUGACAGAUCACUCCUCAGGAAGGGAAUGGUGAUGGUGAGCCCAGAGAUGAAACCAACCAUAUGCUGGAUGUUUGAAGCAGAGAUUGUACUUCUGUUCCAUGCCAAAACUUUCCGGAAAGGUUUCCAGGUCACUGUCCAUGUUGGGAAUGUACGGCAAACCGCAAUCGUCGAAUACUUGCAUGGGAAGGAUGAAUUGCGAACAGGUGAGAAAGCUGUGGUGCGGUUCAAGUUCAUUAAACACCCCGAGUAUUUGAAAGUUGGAGCCAAGUUACUGUUCCGGGAAGGAGUUACUAAAGGGAUCGGACACGUUACAAACCUGCACCCAGUGUUGAUAAAUCAGAAUCAUUCUUUAGAAGAGUGAAGGGCUUAUCACUAUGAAACAACCGCCUUAAGUCUGGAUUCGGCAUCAAGGAGGACAAUGGGGGUCCCGCUGUCACAGCGCAUGUCCCUAAUUGUUUGCUUUCGUGCCUUGGUGCCAGUUUACGGUGUCCUGCUGUGGUGUCUGUCUUCAUAUUUGCUGCUCGAUUUAAAGGAAAGGAAAAAAAUUAACGAUGCACACAAAAAGUUGGAAAAACACGUUUACCUUCGUAAUGUGCUCCCCCUUAUUUUUAUAUUCCUGUUUUUAAAUAAGGUCGCUUUUUUAAGGAGGUUUUCUUUUAUUUCUAAGUUUUAAUGUUGAACAAACAAAACGACCGAAGUCAGAGAGCCUCGCGUCCUCCAGACUUGGCCCAUCUGGUGGUUCUUGCUUUGCAGCCCCUCCAUCCCCGUUACCCUUUAUUAAAUCGAGGCCGGCAUCGUCACUCCCAUGCGUUCUUCUGUUAUCUGAAACGUUUUGAGAAGUCAAAUUCUAACGCCGUACUUCGUAAUGGAGCAGUCCGGUACUGACACAAGGAGCCGUUCCACUCCUCUGGGUACCACUUGACCUGUGGCUGUCAUUUGGAGCUCGUCUUGACAUCGCUGCUCAUUUAUUUCAAUCUUGUAAUCGGUGACAUCUUGAAAAAAGAGUAAAGCAUACCGACUUUCAGGUACACACAGUGUAUUUACAUAUGUUUUUAAUCUUGCAUAUUUAAUUCAGUUCAUUUAAAUUGCAACACUUUUGAGUAGAUUUGUUUUAUAAAAUGCAUUUUAGAAAGAUGUUUCUCAGCAGUUCAGUUGAAGGAGAAUAAGCAAGUGGCAAAUAAACUACAACCGUAAAGAGACGAGAGGUACAAAAGCCAAGCGGAGUUUCCUGAGAGGGCCACCUUAGUUAAAGCCAGUUAGACGGACCUUGAAGAACUGGACUUGUUCUCGUUUAUUUAUUUUUUAAAAAAGCACCAAAUAGGCCAUUUUUGUGGAUCUGUCCCUCUAAUUUUAGUUCAUUCUUGCAAGACAGCAAAACACUUUGAGAGUUCGGCACUGGCUUAAAUCGUAGCGAGUCACAAAGUCAUCUCCAGUUAGCCACCGUGGCAGCAGGAGUGUAUUGUCUUAAAUGGUGCUAUUCUUCUACAAACGUCACUUGCAUGUAAAAAGUUAAACCGUUUUGGGUUUAAAACUGGUUGGGGUUUUUGUUAGAAUCUGGAUGUUCAUUUUUCAUUUGUUCAUUUUUUUGCAUAAAGUGUGAAAUCUUGCCUGCAUGUCCGUCUCUCAUCUAGUCCAGCUUCAAGGGUGUUAAACCCAACAAUCAUUGUUCUGCCACUCAAUGGCCGCUCCGUUUCCUACAGUCCCACCCUUUUGUGUAAAAGUCGCUAACCAUAAAAACAAACGUCACUUGAUGCCAGUUUUCUUCGCUCACCUCAGCAGUUGUUUCCACUGUGUGGAUGAGAAAAGGAUCAAACGCUUCAACUGAGUAGUCGGAACUGGAGGCAAAUCCACAGUGGCCACGGUUAGCAGAACACAUUUGCUAAGUCGCCACAUUGCUGUUUUAAACGGUCCGCCAUUUUCUAAUACCGUACAUGAAAGAUACCGUUAGACUGCCGUAAAAGUCAGAGGGACACGUGGGAGGCCAAACUGGCAUUUUCUUGUUUGAAGUAUAAAUCCUUCCACCCUUAUUCUAGCGUGAUCAGAGGUCACGUUAUUUGUUGUUGCCUUUCAAAAUGAACACCAGUUUUAUGUACAAAUGUGAGUUGUGUAUAUAUAAUGUACAUAAAUAAAUUUCUAUUCAUCUUC